CAGCCCACUGUUACAGAACACUUUCCCCAGUUGCUUUGCUCUUGCUGGCAGGAUCCCUGACAUUAGUGUUGCUCUCUGGCUGCCUGCUGCCUCGAGAUAUGGCUGCACAGCUGGUUGUAGCUCUGCUGGCUCUCACCUCCCUGGGUGUCGCGUCUGAACUGGACUGCAAAGAGCUGGUUAAGCCCCUGGUACUGGACAGCCACAUCCCUGUCUAUGGGAAGUGGGUGCUCCAUGUUGGAUCGUGGGACCAGCCUGGCCUGAAGAACGACCUGGUGUCUGUGAACAGCUCCUGGGUGGAUCUGUUGGCUUCCUCAGACAGCGGAGUCCUCUCCAUCUACUGGUCCGACCGCCUUGAAGAUAAAUGCCUUCAGGGUGUAGCCAAUGCCACCAUCUCGGGGAUGACCAGUCACACCACUUUUAAUAUCAACGGUCACACUUCAUAUCAUGACGGGAAGUAUUAUGAGACCUGCUCUGACUGUCUCCUCUCUGAAGACACCACCCUCCUCCCUGACGGCAAGUCAAAGGGACGAUACCUUUUCCUCUUUACACGGACCGGAGCUCUUGAGCCAUCGGAGUUUGAGACCUUCAAGAAGCAGGCCGAGUGUCUUCAAUUCCUCCCAGAGUACCAUUUUGGAGGAACAGAUCUGUGUCCAGAUGACAGGGAGCCUGCUUUACCUGCUGAUGAUAAUACAGAGAAUGAUCAAACUGAUGUUCAGCCCAUUGCAAAGUAAAGCCGUGCACAGAGACGUCAUAGCCCUUUGAACAGCACGCACACACCCAAAUGCAUCCAGCUUAACAUGUAGUUUUGUAAUGUGACCUGCAUGUGCACUGAUUGAGCUGUGGAAUAACUUUUCCUUAGUCAUGGUUCAGUUGGUUUGUACUGUGUGUCUCUGCCUGCUAAGCUAUUUGACCUUUUAUGAUUUAGUUUAGGAAAUGUGACAUCUGGCUCAGAGCAUAUUCUGGCAGGUAACAAUCUGUGAAUAGUUGAGUAACAAUUUCCAACUGGUUGUGUGAAGUAAAUAAAGAUUUCAGCCUCCCUC